AUGAAGCGUCGGCCGAAGCGGCACUACCAAGCUAUGCGGAAGUCCAACACUGCGUCACCCAAAUCAAGCCCCAUCGCACGAACAAACAAAGUCAUACCGAGAAACGAGCGAGACGACAAUCGACACAUAUUCCCAUUCUUCGACUUGCCAGCAGAACUCCGCGACGAGAUCUACGACAACUGCACGUCCGACCACGAGACUAUCUUGUCUUCGCAUGUCAGGAUGAUCACGAAGCAGCUGGGAUACAAGCACCUCCUCCUGAUUUCUCGACAAUUCACCCACGAGCACCGCGCCCGUCUACCACGCAAGAAGACGGUCAUCCUCACCAAGAUGAAGCAGAACCUCGCCCUGGACCUCACCUCCUUCGCCAUCCCUAGUCAUCUCGCUCAGGCCAGCGAUAUCGAGAUAUAUAUGCUUGUCGAUACCACCAGCCCAGAGGCCGCCAUCGCUGACCUCACUGCGCAACAGCAGUCACUCUACAAAUUCUUUCCCCAGCUGCGACCUGAUCAGAGCCUCACGGUUCGCAUGAUCUUUGAUUGCACACUGGACAGCGAGUCGACCUGGCGGCGGCAUUGGGCUACGAUCUUCCAUAACUAUGCGGAGGAUAUGAAGCGUCGUGGUGUUACGAGGGAGCUCGUGAUUCAUGUUGAUCUUCUGAAGGGCGUGACGGUUGAGGAUCUGGCGCCGAUGUAUAGGUGGGUGUAUCCUCUGAAUAUCGUGGAGAUCUUGGUUCCGGAGGGUGGCGAGGCUGAGUAUGAGACGAGCGUGCAGUCGGCGUCGGAGGAUGUCGAGGAUCGGGUAGAGUGA